AUGCCUAGGUCUCAAUGCCGUCGAUUUGAUCUCUUUUCUACCGUCAAUGUGAAAAGUCUUAUGACUAAUAACAUAACCUGCAGCAAUGGUCACUUACUUUAUAUUCAGAAUCAGAUUAUAUUGGUUACUGCCUUCCUGGGGUUAUCCUCGGCGUUUCUUCUCGUUGACAACUGUCCAGUGUCAUCACCUUGCACGUGCUCUGGUAGUUCCGGAAGUUACAGCUACAUUAGGUGUGGCAGUAAAAGUUUAACGAACAUUCCUAAUAUCAAACAAUCUAGUUCUCAUGUGAACAAGUUAUAUUUGUAUUUUUAUUCAAACAAAAUAAGCGUUAUUCAAAAUAAUGCAUUCAGAAAUUUUAGCUCAAUCAACGCUUCAGAAAUAGAUUUACAAUUGUAUAGUAAUAUGAUACACUCAAUUGAAAGCAAUGCGUUUAAUGGAAUAGCAAAUACUACCACAAGUCUUGACCUGCACAAUAAUAAUUUAACAAUUUUACCGUCGGCAAUCCUAAAUCUGUUUAAUCUUAGAACUCUAAAUGUUCUGGGAAAUCCUUUACAUUCUCUUGAUAAGUUGAUACAUCAUCAAUGUCAAAUAUAGGUAGAAGUCUGA